GGCAAAUAGUAUCAAUGGUAACUGAAAUGAAACUGAAUAUAAUGGUAAGUGGGAAAUUCUGAAGAAAAGCCGAAUUGGACUAAAUAACAUUACAUAAAUGUCACGUGGAAUACUGCAGACGAUUUAGGGACCAUUUUCACUUAAAGAUCAUGACUUGUAUCUUGACUCUUCUGCAUGUUACAAGAAGGCCGAUAUUUUGCAAGCGGACCUGUGUGACAUCCCAUCUCACAGCACUGCAUAGCACGCUCCCUAAGAGUGAGACGCAGGGGCCAGGAAAUGAGAAUGAGUCCUUGUUGGAGAACCUGACAACCCUAGGGGUAGAUGUGAGGAUGGUUCGUCGGCGGCAGCCCGGUGUCUUGAAGAGGUUUGCCACCAAUGAACAUGGGCUGACGCACUUUUUGCAGAGUAAGGGCGCGAGUCAGGAGAUGGUGGCCAGCAUCAUCUCCCGCUUCCCACGGGCCAUCACACGUUCUGGGGAACACCUUGAGCAGCGCUGGGAGCUUUGGAGAAGGGUCUUCAAGAGUGACGGCGAGAUCGUGAACAUCCUGGCCCGCUCUCCCGAAUCCUUCUUCCGCUCCAGUGACAACGCCAACCUGAAGGAGAACAUCGUCUUCCUCGGCUCUCUGGGCCUCUGCUCCAAAGACCUGUAUCGUUUGCUGACCACAGCUCCACGUACCUUCUCCAACAGCCUGGAGCUCAACCAGCAGAUGGUGGAGUUGCUGAGGGACGUGUGCCUGAGCUUGGGGGGGAAGGAUCCGGACCAGUUUGUCAGGGCUAUCAUCUCCAGGAACUCGUACGUCCUCAUCCGAAGCACCAAGCGCAUCAAAGGCAACGUCAGCUUCCUGCAGGAGACUCUCGGCCUGAGCAGCUCGAAGCUGCUGGAGCUGCUGCAAGGCCAAGGUGCGGAGGUCCUCGACCUCUCCAACGAGUAUCUCCUGAACAACUUCAGGGACAUCCAGCAGAAGCUGCUCUCCCUGGGCUGCAGCCAAGACGAAGUCAAAACUCUGGUCGUCAAAUACCCUCCGGUGCUGUACAUUUCUCGGGAGAACCUGAGGAAUAAAAUAGACUGUCUGCAGGAUGGGAGUGUAAAUAUCAAACAGAUAAUACAAAAGCCCAAGGUGUUGGAAUUUAGUAUGGACAAUCUCAAGAGACGCUUGAAAGAACUGCAGGAAAUAGGCUAUGAUUUUGAGAAGAAUGGCAUUGGCAUUUUAGACUCCAGUCAACGCCGAUUUGAUGCUAAGUUAUUACGCCUUUCUGGGCAAUAGGUUACAUAAAAAAAAAAAAUUUAUAGUGUAAAAGCAUAUAUUGCACUAUCCAACUAUUGAAGGAGUGAGAUCUUUAACCUUUUUUGUGUACAGUACUUAAUAAUACAUAAGGACUGAUGUGUAGUUUAAAACGCAGUUUUUAUUUUAAAUACUUAAAAAUAUUUAAAAUAUUCUCCCCUUCUCUUUAAAAUAAAGGCUAACGGUAUGGAUUGACCUUCCAAUAAUAUGCAUAAACUUUUUAGCUGUUUUCCAAAUGCAUUUGUUAGAAGUAACCAGAAGGUGGCAGCAGAGAUCACACAAACGGCUUACCCUGCUCGCCAUGCCCAUUCUGUCUUGCUCAAAUAUGGUGGUCCUUGCUAGAGUCAUGCACUUGAGGACCCUGGGAUCAGUCAUGGGUCACCACUAGGGUAGUGUUUACAGUGUUUUAAAGGGAGUGGUUUCCCAACCGAUAAGUGGUCACGUAUCCUUACAGACUGAGUUAGUGAGGGAAAAUCUCACUCCACAGUUUUAUAGGCUGCUGCCGUAACUCUCCUUCUCAGACAUCUGGAACCGCUCAUCCAGAUCAGAAAAUCUAGCAGAGCAGCUGAAAUGUCUCCUGCAUUGUUUUAUAUGGUGUAGAUUUUACAAGUCAUUUAGUAUCCGGACUAUAUUUAGAAACUGUUAAACUCUCCUUCCAGGCCGUGGAUUUUUCAGGUCUGGGAUUUAAUCUUUACAGUGCCCACUUGAGAAUCUGCCACAUUUCUUGGGCUGUAAUGCAUUAAAAACAAUAAUGUAGCUUCUUUCACUGCAGCUUAUUUAAACCGGAUGAUCUUGAAACUCAAAUGACACCGAAAGUGGGUAACUGUCUAUUAAACCCACCUUAAACAGAAAAGUGAUUUUUCACAUUUUACAGGAUUUGCUGGAAAUUAAAUCCAUGAAAGAAUACUAUUCUAUUCCCUUUUUUUCCCUGGCAGUGCCUCUAUUUGAAGGAAUGAGACUAAAUGUUUUGCCUGCCAGUUUGGGAUACAUCAAAGCGUGCAUGCAGCUCAGAGAUGAAUGUUAUUCAGUGUCCUGCAGUGCAUGGGAACAUAAGCACUUUGUGUGUGUUAGUCUUUUGGUCUUUACCUGAAAUUUUAAAGAGGAUAAUUUAAUAGGAAAAAAUAUUGCAUUCAGACACUAAUCCAAUAUUUGAUAAAAACAACAGGCAUUACACACAUAGGGAUUUAGGUUAAAUCUCUCCCAGCUUCGUCUUAUGGUUCGGAGUGAGUCAUGCCCUUUCUUCUUGGCUUUUUUUAGGUUGUUUUUGAAUCACUAGCAGAUAGCAGGACUUUGACAGGACUGCCGAAGGGCAUCUACUUCCUGUCCCUACUGUCCACUUCCUCCUGAGGUCACUCAGGUGUUGCCCUAGGCCUCUGGUUUUGAUCUUCCGAUUGGCUACUGCAUUUAUUCUGUGUACCGCCCGACUUUCAAUGCCACCGAGUAUUUCACGUGAAUUAUAAACCUGUGACACCCCAACCAGGAAAAGCGGUUAGAUGGAUGCAUGGAACUGCCACCUAUACCUCCGAUAAAUACCUUUUCCUGCUGUAUAUUUGUCUGCCAUGCAUCUUCUCUCCAUCAAUACAGGCUUGGUUUCUUCAGGUCAAUAUCACUACUUCAAAGGUUGACUAGAAAAAUGUCCUGCCUGCCUGACCGACCAUCUUAUCAUUCUUUUUCAUUUUAUUUAUUAAUUGUGUGUGUGUGUGGGGGUGAAUAAUUGGUCCUCAGUAUUUUUUUCUGCAAACCAACAAAUCCUCUGUUCAAAGGCUGAGAUCAAUGCAGAAGAAAAGUUGUUGCUAAUUGGAUGGUAGAGGAGGUGAGGAUGAAAUACUGAUGUACUGCUGUCUAGAUGAUGACAUACGCUAUUGUGAAUGCAGAACCCUGCCACUGGACCCAAUAAUGUGGUACAGCACAGGGCAGACGUGCGAUGUUACGUUUAAAGCGCUAUGCCCAUCUGACCCUGCAGGAUACACCAAUGCCAGUAACAGUGCGUGCCAGGAAAAUCCGUAAUCUACCUGUUUUUUUUUCAGGGGACGUUAACCAGGGGCGUCUGAAGGGCAUUGGGAACCCAGCACUUUACAGGGGCCCCGAAUUAGAAAAAAAAUUGUAGCCACACUCCUGGGCAUAGCCAUUAAAAAUGCUAAUGCUAACUUGCCGUCCAAAGUGUAUCCUUGCUAAGCUGUCCAUCUGUGUAGAGGGAUAUGAAAGGAACUGAAUAAAACCUGGCAGUUGUUCUCCACAGCAUGCAGGCCAUAGUCUUUGUUUUGUUCUGUAUCAUCCAUCACCAAAAUAAGCAAGAUGCCAGGAGAGUGUGCUUCUCUCUGUUCUUAGGUGUCACAUUUACAGGGGUUGCUGUGGGUUUGAAAGUAAAAAAAAAAAAACUGGCUGAGUGUUUCUUUU